UGUCGUUACCCCUACGAGUCAACCGCGCUGAGAAACAGCAAGCAAACCGAGGCAAGAAUUGAUGCCUCCCUGACGAGUGAGGAGCACAGCCUAAAUCGGAGAUGAGGACGAAUUCAUGAUGGUCGGUUUCGCCAUAGUGUUGGUGGGACCGCUCUCUGUCGUGUGGUGGUCAUUGAUAGUGUGGUCUGUUUCUGCCAACUCAAUUUCUGCCCCUUCAGAAUGCGAUGUGGCCCGCAUGAAGUGUGCAUACAGAACAAGCUGUUCUCGGGCCCUUCACAGUUAUAUGGUAGACUGUGCAGAUGUCCUUGCGGGGAGAACCACGCGAUGCCCAUGGGCUUGUAAAAGGGCUCUAAUUUCGUUGACGAGCACAGAGAUGGGUUUGGCCCUUUCCAUGUGCGAUUGUGGUGACAACGAAUUCUGCCGCAGCAGUAAAGAACGUGCCGAAGUUUGCCGCCCAGAGGUCAGCUAUGCCACAGCCGACGACACCGUAGUGUCCUGUUCCGUUGCCGAGUGGAUUUGCGCCGCCGAUCCUCUGUGUUCUACGGCUCUGGACUACUACCACAGGUUCUGCAGAUCCAUGUUUCACGGCCGCAAAUGUACUCCUCGGUGUAACAACAGUUUGGCAAUAUUAGAUAGGCAGGAAAAAGCUGUCAAACUGCGAAACUGUUACUGCGAUGGCUCGGAAGAUUUUCCAUGCCGUAAUAUCAAAAAGAAUACUCAACGAUUGUGUUAUGGACGGGAUGAAUGGAUGGACAAUUCUCCCUACUUUCCAUCUACAACAUCCGAGACAGAUUCGGGCUCGCUCUGUACAGUACCUAGCGGACUGACCUACUACCUCCUACUAUGUCUUCUAGUAUUAUGGACUUUCAGGACUAGCGUAAGCACUGCAGAUUAUAUUACUGUUUCAACAAGAAACUGUAAGACUUUUAUUACAAACAGUAAAUGUUUGCCAUAUCAGCAUUUACAAAAGAGAAACAGCGAGCAUUUUAGACAGAAAAUAUGGCCUUGGUGGUGGACAGCGGAAAUUGUUUCCAGCGCUAGGUUCUAAGAAUACGAGUGAUGGAUAUUCCUAUUUUGUAGAACCGGUGAGACAUACAUGAAAAACAAAAACGUUCCUCUUCAUUUCAAACUCAGGUUAGAGAAAUGGACGUUCACACAUAUUGCAUCUGAAAGCUACCAUUCAGCCUUGAUGGAUAUUCUGGCUUCGAGGGCAAUAGAAUUCAAACUGCAUACCUUCCGUUGCAGACCGAGAUUAACUACUUCACUUCAUUUCAUCUAUUAUUUAUAUUCCACGUAAAAAAAGUAAUGGCCUAAAAAUUCAAAUGUAUUCAUUGACUUUUUUAUUAUUUUAUUGUCAUUUUGUUAUAUACUGGAAGUACUUUCGUCCCCUGUCUUUAUAAUAUGAAAAAUAUCUUGAUAUUUAUCAUCUGUUUGCUUUAUUAGCUGUUCAUUUCAAACUGUUAGAAUGCUAGUUUUUUAGCUUGGACAAUUUGUUUUGAAUUCUAUCAUUUCUCACUCAAACUCGUGCUGUACGCUCCGUACCAUAAAAAAAAAACAGUCUAAUAUUUGAAGAAAGUAAUUUACUUAGCAUCCUCGAACUUUUUAAAUUAAAGCAUAUUUGCAUUUGGUUAUUUAUACCUUUUAUUAUAAUUCUUCAACCUCAGUUUAUUUUUUUAUCAUAUUCAUCUAUACGCAAAGUUUUUUUUUGUUACUCCUUUCUUAAACGCAUUCGAAAAUGCGAAUCAAUCCAUUAUGGUACUUGCUGAUUACUUAAUAAUUCUAGAAAUUAGAUUUAAGAAUUAGCGAUAGAAAUUUUGCUAACGAAAGAUGUGUGUUAGAUAUUGAUAUUGCCAAAUUGGGAGAGGGGUAAAUUACUGUUCGCUCAUGAUAGUCACAUUUUUGUGUAAUAAAUACAAAAAUAAUAUCAAAGUUCUAUCUGUAGCUGAAUUUGACAGGUAAACGUUUGAAAAUGUUAGGGCACGCAAUUACAGGAAGGGAUCGUUAGGGCUUAGGAAAAUUUAGGGCACGCAAUUACAUACGUUUAAUAUAUGAAAAAUCUUCUGUGAAAUAUCUUUGUUUAAAGUACUUUUAUUUAAAAAGAUGAAAAAGUAAUGAAAAUUGGGUGCUACUUUGGUAGACGGUUGCACGGAUUUGGGCGA